GCCCUUUUCACCCCUUCUCCCCUUCUCCUUAAAUACUCCUCCACCCUCCCUCAACCUUUUCACCUUAUUCACACACUCUCUCAACUUCCCAUUUCCCAAAAAAAAAACACACCAUAGACAUAGAGACGAACAAAACCCAACUCAACCCAAUGAAGGAAAUCACCACCACCACCAGCCCCACUUUGCUCCUGCUCGCCGCUCUGCUCGCCGCGGCCACGCUCUGUGGCGGCACUCUUCCCGAGGCCCCCAAGUCCACCCCCUCCGCCGAGGCCGGCAAACCCAAGGGCGGCGGCGGCGGCGGCGUGAUACCCGGAUUCGGAGCUCGAGGAGGCGGGUACGGGAUACCCGGAUUCGGAAACGACGGGUGGGGCAACGGCGUGGGGGGCGGGUACGGCUCCGGCUUCGGCGGCCCCUCUGGAGGGUACGGCAAGGGGGGGAUCGUGAGGUCUUCGACGGUGUGUAAGGACCCGGGGCCGUGCCACGGGAUGAAGCUGACCUGCCCGGCGAAGUGCUUCACCUCCUACAGCCGCCACGGCAAGGGUUUCGGGGGCGGCGGCGGCGGCGGGGGGUGCAGCCUCGACUGCAAGAAUUGUAAGGCUUAUUGUUAAGAAGGAAACAGGUGGGCGGAGAUAGAUCGGCGCCGGUGACUGGUAUUCGGUACCGCCAAAUUAACUACUAGCUGAUUAAAAUUAGCUCCUGUGUACUGACGGAUUAUGGUACUAGGGUUAUUGUGUCGGGACGACUUAUUAUGAUAUUAUAUAUAUUGUGUUAUGUUAUAUUACAUAUAUAUAUAUAUAUAUAUGCUAUAUAGUAUUUAUAUAUAAAUAUAUAUGAGUAUAUUUAAUAUUGUGUAA